AAAAUGCAGAGACCGCCAGCUAUGUUAGAAGAAUUCUUGGAAUUCCAAGAUUUGAACGAUUGGCCACACAGUCCCUUAGAAGAAUCUUUGACGGUGGCUUGUACACUGGACGCCGCAUACCCAUUAGAUGUUAUAAACAAAGAUCUUCAUGAAAACACAUCUUUUAGUGACAAAGCCUUUGUCGAUUUGGAGGCCAACAUUUGUCAAAAUACAUCCCUUCUUGAUAAAUAUGCAUCCCAAAUAUUAAAUUUACAUUUCUCAGAUGACCAUAUGGACUCUUCAAAUGAAGCGUUUUUAACAGAAGUUGAUGUAUCUGGCAGCACUGUGAAAGGACGCUCACAAGAAGAUAUUAAGGAGCUAAAGGGUAAUACUAGAAGAAAGAAGAAACUAUCUGUUGAGUCUUCUGUAUUCCCUGGAUUCAAAAGAACUGAGGUCACGGAGCUACCCGGACAAUUGGAGCCUGUCCAAGUCCUAAACCAUGUUGCAGAGAACCAGAACUUUAAAGUACGUACCCAAUAUUAUACUGAAGAACCAAUGUUGCAAUGCCUUGCCAUGAAGAACAAGAACAGCUUUUCAACAGGAUCUCAGACAACUUUGUGA